AUGCCAAAGUUGAAACAACAAUGUGCGAAUCCAUUAAAAGAGAUUGCAACCACUGAUUUUUCUACUGCAAUCGAUAUGUGGUUAAAUUAUAAAUCAUCCUAUUGGCCUGGACUAGGCUCAAUAGCACAUCAAACAAUUUUAGAAACUUUCGGAAAAAUAUGGCACACAUGGGAUUUCAAGAAAUUAAGUGCAAACUACAUUCAUCAAACUCUUCAUGAAGAUGCUCUAGAUUGUAAACAUGAAAGGAAUGUAUUUCAAGCAGUCGUUCAAUGGAUUAGUGAAGAUUUAGAAACACGUAUAGAAUAUUCAUUGGAGUUAUUGUUAUGCAUUCGACUUAGCAUGCUAUCAUCCACCUAA